AUGAAACGAAACUAUGGUGGAGUUCCCAUCGACAUGACCCAUAACUGGGGCAAACCACCGCUGUCAUGUCUGCCAUGCCGGCAAAAGAAGCGUCGCUGCGACCGUAAUCAGCCCUGCUGGAACUGCGCUCAGAGGGGCAUCUCGUGUGAAUAUCCAGACCAAAAUGACGGACACCAUGAGAGAACUGUCCCAGUUCAAUUGAGUGAUGUUACAAAUCACGCAGCCGUGGAUUCUGCGUCCCUUGAAGGCUCAUCUGCGAGGAAUGUCGGGAUGCUCAAUCGGAUCCAAAGGCUGGAGGCCGCUGUAUUCAGUCAAGCCAAUCGAGACCUUGAGCCAGACAGUGCAGACCCCCAUCUUGACGGUGUACAUAUGGGGCAUACUAGCGAGAGACCUAUUGCUCCCCGAUUUACUUCAUUUUCAUCACAUACAUUUGUUUCUUGCGCCCCUUCUGUUUCAGUUGACGAGGUCUCUCGACAUCUUCCCCCGUUAGGUGAAGCACGCAAGCUGUUCGACCACUUCGCUCUGACUAUGCAGCCGACCAUAGGUAUCCUGCAUAUACCUUCUACUCGGAGCUUGAUGGAGGAGAUCUAUCAGGGAAUUACAUCCGAGGAAGCACCAGACCGGGCUCGUUUAAUUCUGCUGUUCGGGGUGUUCGCUGGUUCAGCACUGUCGUCCACUCCAAAGCUACUACAUGAACUGAAUUCAACCCAAGCCCAAGCAACGUCAGCAUAUAAAACGUACAUGCGUCUUUCUAUAUCACUGCUUCAGGGCCUCCAGCCAAUUCCCCCGUCGACCAUGGCCCUGACGGCGAUGGCAAACUUGUCACAUUUUAUUAACAACGACGACGGUUAUUCCAUGGAAGGUCAUUUAAUCAGAGCGCGCUGUUACUGGAUGGCGCGCACAAUGGAAAUACACAAACUUGACACACCGAGACGCCGCGAAGAACGCGAAACAAAUGGAUUCGAUGUUAUAGAGGUCGAGGUACAGCGCCGAGUCUGGUGGAGCUUAGUCGCGUCUGACUGGCUAUCAUCCUUUUCUGGCGGCAUUCAAGAAGGUGCCUACACAUAUCACCCGAACCACAUGUGCGUCGACUACCCAACCUAUCUAGACGACAACGAGAUCGACACAGCAGAACCAUCACAGCUCCAGCCCUCGGCCCCCACUCCAACAGGGUACCUCAUCUACCGCGCCAAACUAGCAAGCCUCUGCCGCGAGACCGUUGACGCAAUGCGACCCGUAUCCCAAGAAGGCCACGAAGUCUGCUACGACGUCAUCCUAGCCCUGGACGCCAAGUUCCAAGACUUCCUCGACCACCUCCCUGCCGUCUUCCAGCUUAAUCCGGAGAGUAUCCAACAAUGCGAGCCAUUAUGUAAAGAACGCCCAUACAUCACUUGGCAGCGCACAAUGGCCCAUAUAUCAAUCCACACCCGACUCUGCCGACUCCACCGGCCAUACCACCUAAAGGGGAUGACGGAUCGCAAGUAUGAAUAUUCCCGCCGGGUAUGUCUCCGCUCUGCGCAGAUCGUGCUCGACUUGCGUAGAUCAAUGGACGAGUCUCGUGAUACCGUCCCCGUUGGGCUGAGACCGUCGCGGUUCUGGGUUAUUGUGCAGCAUGUUGCCCUUGCUGCGCUGACGCUUGCGACGGAUGUUUCAUUUGAUGGUACAGCGCCUGAUACCGAGGCGAGAAAGGGCAAGGUCCUAGCGGCGUAUGAGACGCUGGAACGGUCGACGGAGGAGCCGUGUGCGUUCAGGGACGUGAUUCAGAAUAACUUGAGGAUGUUGAUGUCGACGCUGAAUAAGGGACAGCAAGGGGAUAACAGUCAACGGCAAGUGGUGAUGGACGAGUCUUUGGAAUUGAAUGUAGAUUCUGCGCUCGAAGCAACAGGAGACCAGACAGGGUCUGCUCCGUGGGAUGAGAAUUGGGACCAGCUGUGGUCAGAGUUCCUGGACGUUGCGCCGGAUCUGGAUUUCUCGCAGUGGGAUCAGUUGCUGGACAUAGCUGAUACAUAG